UACUAUGUCCAGGAGUGCUGGGGAUGGUAUAUGCGAUGUGUUGUUGAAUGCUGAGGUCAUUGAUGUUGUUGGUGUGGUAUGCUGGGUGAUUUGGAUGGUUGACAAAAAAGAUGUUAUGAUGGGAAGCUUGGAUGAAGCAUGA